AUGCGAGUGACCGAGCCCGCAGACACGACUCCCGAAUCGCCACGCCGUGAGGGGCUGAUGGCACGUGUUGCAGCACUCGAACGAGAGAAGGCAGAGCUAUUGUCACUGUGCGCCGAGCUGCAGACCCGGACGCUCAAGCUCGAGAGCGACAAUAAGCAGCUGGCCGAAAAAGCUUCGUGGUUAGAGCGGAGGGUCUCCUCGGUAGACAACGCGGACCUCUGGGGGCUGAGGCAGCCACAGGAGCAGCCAAAGCCCAAGAGCAGACUGCUGUCCUUUGGGUUUGGCGGCAGCAGUAGAAGAAGGUAG